GUCUCGUACAAGAUGAGCUGAAAGAAAAAGCAAGUGGGCGGUUCGCGGCCCAUUAUAUGCAGCGCACGAUAUAGAAGAAAAAACCGAAAAGUAAGGAAUGAGAAAAUCCGUAAAACCCUAAAAUCAUACACACACCUUACUUCGUUUUCUUCAGCCGUAUCUUCUGUUCUCUUCUUUCUCUGAAGAACUCAAACUCAAUUUUCGCUCCCUAAAACUUUCAUUAAUUCUCUUCUCCUUCCAAAAAGAUUCCAAAACAUUUUCGACGAACCUAAUCAACAUUAAAGAUUUCGAUCCAAUCUUGAGUUUCUGACUCGUAAGGUGCUAAGAGAAAAUGACUACCAUGGAAGUUGAAGUGUCAAAGCCAACAUCUUCUUUUCCAACAAAGCCCAAGUUUCAGGCAUUGAAGGCUCAUGAGAUGUCUGAUGGUCAGGUUCAAUUUAGAAAGGUGGCCGUGCCACCGCACCGGUACACACCUUUGAAAAAAGCAUGGCUUGAAAUCUACAACCCAAUAUAUGAGCAGAUGAAAAUUGACGUAAGGAUGAAUCUUAAAUCACGCAAGGUUGAGCUGAAAACAAGGGCAGAUACCCCUGAUGUAAGCAACCUUCAGAAAUGUGCUGAUUUUGUCCAUGCCUUUAUGCUUGGGUUCGAUAUCACUGAUGCAAUUGCCCUUUUAAGGGUGGAUGAGCUUUUUGUUGAAUCAUUUGAGAUCAAGGAUGUUAAGACCCUUCGAGGUGACCAUUUGUCGCGUGCUAUUGGCAGACUUUCUGGUAAAGGAGGGAAAACAAAGUUUGCCAUUGAAAACGCUACAAGGACGCGUAUUGUGAUUGCAGACUCUAAGAUUCACAUUUUGGGGUCUUUCACAAACAAUAAGAUAGCAAGGGAUUCACUAUGUAGCUUAAUAUUAGGUUCACCUGCUGGCAAAGUUUAUUCAAAACUUCGAGCAGUUACUGCACGGCUUGCUGAGAGAUUUUGAGCUUUCAUGGGUACGUUUUUUUUGUCAAGUAUGUCUUGAUAUAGAUUGCAGUUUUGGACUGGAGCCUGUAUUACUACCAUUUGUGGAGUGUACUACAAUGAAAAAUCUUCAUUGCCCAGGAAUUUAUGUCUUUUACAUUGUCUAGGUUGAUAUAUCCUAUAAGAAAUCUUGAUUUAAGUUGGUUUUUGUGUAUUUUAUUAGUUAUUCGCUAGCAUUUUUGUGUCCAAUUAUUUUUAUUUACUUAUUUUACAUUAAUAAAAAAAUCUGUUAGCAUCACAUUUCUUUUGGAUUGUGGGUGCGAUGCACUCCCUUACAACAAUACUAAGUCCGCCACUAACCGAUACUAGAUCCGUCACUGCUUGGCUCUAAGCCUCUAACAAGUCUACAAUCGUCCUAUUGGAUAGCCAUCCGCCCGUGCUACCAACGGGGAAAAGUGUAUUUACAACGAGAGUGUGUCAUGCAUGAGGGUAAAGUUUUGAUUUUCUAU